AUCCACCUUCCUCAAUCAGAACUCAUAAGCCACAGAAAAACAAUGAGAAGUCAACUGUCCUUAAGCGACGAGGAUCAAAGCGAGCACCCCAAAACCGCCGCGUGGUGGUGGCGGACGCUCCCGGAGUUCGACGACAGCGGCCAGUUCAAGGAGGACAUCUCCGCCGCCGCCGGCGGGCUCUCCCCGCGGCUCAAACUCCUCAGAGAAAUGCAGAGACUCGCCUUUAUAUCCAUGGAGGGACUAGACCUCCUCCGCCUCAAGCUCACGUCUUACAAAGCCGGAGAUUUGUGGGUUCCCGUCGGCGGGAUCAAGAAAACGGAUAUGGAUAUACCGCCGGUGAUCACGCUUCUCCUUAUCGGCCUCACCGGCUCCGGCAAAAGCUCCCUCGUUAACUUCAUGUACAGCGUUCUUGGCCGAUCCGGCCUCAUCCCUUUCGCCCAAACUUCAAGCCAAUCGACCAAGUUCACGACGAUGUUGUUGGAAGAACACAAUGUUCUGAGAUCAAUGAAGAGUGGGUUUUGCGUGUACGACACUAGGGGAUUGGACUGCGACAAAAUGGACGAGGGAAUGGAGGAUGUUUGGUCGUGGAUGUCGGAUGGUGUUCGACAUAACCAGCCAUGUUGCAGAGGGAGUGAUGAUCGUGGGAUUGGUGAGUAUGGAGAGAUGAUGGAAUCCAUUGGGCGUUGUGCCAAUAAGUAUUGUAAGAGGAGAGUUAACUGUGUGAUGGUGGUGGCUGACAUGGAAGAAGCUUGUAAGGAUUUCAGUUCUGGUGAUUUGAAGCAUGUUGAAGCUAUAAACAUGAUCUUUCACUCCCCAUCCAUUAGGAGAUCAAAUGAGAACCCAAUCUUGAUACUAACACAUGGCGACAUGUUAACCGCCGAGGAGAGGGUGGAAACCAGGCUGAAGCUAUGCGAAUCUCUGGGCAUAUCGGAGACCACCGGCGCCUACGACAUAGCGUGUCUGUCGGAGAGUGGGAUCCUGCCGGAAGAAGGCGAUCCGGUGUCGGCAUUUGCCUUGACAGAAGCAGUUUACCGGUCGCUUUUACAGUCAGAUAGAACCCAUCUUCCCAAGAGGAAGUUUAAAGACUGGGUUUUGGCUUUUGCGUCCUGGGUUUUGUGUAUCUUGAGCUCUUUCUUUGCCAUGCUUGCAAAUUUCUUCUCGAGGUUUGGGGAUAAAAGACGGAGACUCAAGAUUAGUUAGGAGGUUGUGUUUGUGUUUUGGUAGAUGAUGAUUGGUGGGAGAAUGGAUUUAGAGGAGUUGAAUUGGAAUGAUACACGUUUGGGGCUAUGGGAAUGAUUUGGAUUGGAGUCCAUCACUUUUAUUUGUUGGGUAGGUGAUUAGAUUAAUGAUUUUGAUGUCAAACAUUGUGUUCAGAUCUUAUGUAGUGACUCUCCCAAAUGAGAGGUCGAGUCUGUGUAGAGAUGAUGUAUGGAUGAACAGAUACUACAAUGUAAUAGGGUCAGUGGAACUAAAAAAAAAAAAUCAUUGAUGCGUAUGUUUUGACAAAGUUUGGAUUGCAAGUUCUUUUAUGGCUUAUGGUAUA